UGCGCACAGUUUGGUUGUCGGUGCGACGGUUAGGCAGAGACUACAGCAUCAAGGCGGGGAAGGUUGGAGAAACAGCUGCGGCGAUGGCGCAUGAGAGCUCGAGGCAGGCCCGAGACCGCGGGGUGACCCGGUCCAAGGCGGAAAAGGCACGUCCGCCUACGGUGCCCGUGCCGCAGGUGGACAUCGUUCCUGGAAAGCUCACUGAAGCUGAGUGGAUGGCACUCAGGGCUCUGGAGGAAGGCGAGGACGUGGUGGAGGACAUCUUGGAGGAACUAUUGGCACGAGUCAUGGACUCUGCCUUCAAAGUCUACCUGACUCAGCAGUGCAUUCCAUUCACCAUCAGCCAGGCUCGAGAGGCCAUGCUGCAGAUCACCGAGUGGCGCUUCCUGGCCCGGGAUGAGGGAGAAUCUGCAGUGGCUGAGGACCCCACAUGGGGCGAGGACGAGGAGCCCUUGCCAUGUCCAAUUGACGCAUGGGCUCAGGGAUGCGUGCCCGUGCUGCACGCGCCCGCCUCGGCGGGGCUGGAGGAGACCUACCAAAGCGAAGACCAAGAAGAGAGUGUGGACCAGAUUUCUUUAGGAAGAUCGCGGAUGGAUAGAGGCUUUGAGGAGCGGAUGGAAUCUUGGGAGCAUUCUCGCGAGCUGAGAGACACCCCCGGCACCCCGCCCACCCCGGAGCGGUUUCAGGAGGCAGGGCCCGGGUGUCUUUUAGAGGAACUGCAAGGCCAGGGAGGAGGCCACCUAUCCUCGGCCAAGUCCUUGGACAUGAGCCUCCAACGGUCGUCAGUCGAGAUGGUUCCCGCCGGCAGUCCCCAUUCUUCUGUGGAGCUGUCCCUGGUAGCCAGCCCCCAGGAAUCAGCCGAGAGGGCACGGCCCCCCAGCUCCCAGUUCUCGAGGGGGGAGCACUACAGUGGCACGCCGCAGCUGCACGCGGCUGGGGACCGGCCGGAGCUCAGAAAGGAGGAGGUGCCCUUCAUGGUCCCCUGCGGUGUGUUGGACGGCUCCUCCGCGGACAGUCUCGCCACGAUCAGCCCCUCCGCGUCCUUCCAGCCACAGAAGCUCCGGCGCACGGACUUGCAGCUGAGCUCGCGUUCCUGCGGUUGCUACAGGGCCAGCCGCAAAGCGACGGUGGGCCACUUGGACCCCGCGCGGCUGCCGUCCCUCUGGGUGUGCCCCUCGGUUAAGAUUGUGGAUGCUGACUCCGAGGGGCGCCCCCUUGAAAUCUACCGUAGGCGCCCGCGGGGCUAUAAGAUGGAAGUCAGGGCCAGAUGCCCAGCCACCCGCCGGGUCGUCCCUGACUCCCGGGCAGCUUUCUUCCCUCACCCGCCUGGAGCUGCUUUCCAUGCCUUGGGCCCGGGUGUCCAAUUCCCCACUGUAAGCAUAGGCCAACCACCGCCAGGCUUCUGGCCAAAGCUGCCCUUGCCCAGCCCCAAGAACCGCUUUCACUACAAACACCGGGAGCUCCCCAAAGUAGCCCGCAGCCCCCAACCUCCAGUGUGGCGGGGUGCAAAGUGGUCCAGGGGCUGGGAGGGGAAGGCCAGCCGCACCCACGCACCUCCUCAGGGCCUCUACCCAGGGGACCAGCAGUGCCUGGAUCCUCCCAGGUGGCCUCAACCUGAGCUCCACUUCCUCGAGGCCACAUCCCACCUAAUGUGGGAGCCCGUGUUGCUGACGGAAGCCAUGAAGCUGGCUCCUGGUGUGAGCCUGUGGAACCCAACCACCCAGAUGCUGCUCAGCUCUGGCACGCCUCAGCAGGAGGACAAACAAGAUGACACCUCUCCUCCCACUGAAGAGCACCCCAUCCAGACAGGUGCCCAGAAGCCCCAAGGGACUGUGGUACAGCUAACAAAGAACUCAACCCCUAAAAUGUGAUGACUCCCCUCCAAGCUCCUGCCCCAUUAUGAGCCCUGAACCUCAGCUAGUGGGAAUUCUACCUACCU